AUGGCGGCCGUUAAGACGCUGGAGGCGGACAUCCAGGAGGGUCUUGCCUAUGCAGAGAACGUGGACCUGGCUGGCCGUGCAGCUUCCUCUGGAUCCAGCGACAUCUCGGCUCCAGGCCAUGCCCACCAUGCCAGCUUCGCAGUGGGCGACAGCGCAACGGGCAAGAGGGAGCGCCAUGCGCCGGAGAGCUAUCGAGGUGAGUGGAGAAAUCACACUUACUUCCCGUCUCCCGGCGACUGGCGCUCCCUAUCCAUCUACCAGUUGAUUACAGAUCGCUUCGCCGAUGGCGAGCCUCGCAACAAUGACCUUUACGGAGGAGGCUUCGACGUUCGAGACAUGACGUAUAGGCACGGCGGGGACUUCUUGGGCCUGACUCAGAAGCUCCCUUACAUCAAGGGCAUGGGCUGCCAAGGUAUUUGGAUCUCACCCAUCUUCCAGAAUGGGUUUAAUUCGUACCACCAGUACUCGCAGACAGACUUCACGCUCCUGGACCAGCGCUUGGGAACGCUGGAUGAGCUGCGACAGCUGGCAGAUUCAGCACACCGGCUUGGGAUGUAUGUGAUUGUAGACGUGGUGAUGAACCACAUGGGCAAUGAGUUCUUCUUCGAAGGUCAUCAAGGCGAAUCGGCGCCCUUCCGAAUCCACGAGGAGGGAUCUCGCCGUGAGUACCACCUGCGGCCCCGAAGGUCCAACUCGGAUCUGCACUGGACGCCGGCCGGUCGACAGCCGUUACUGGGCAUCCUAGUAGAAUGGAUCUGCAAGUGGAACUUCAAGAUUUGGAGGGGUGCUGCAGACGGGGAGAUGCCACUCGUUUUCGAAGAGGUGCGAGUACACAAUUCCGCCCUUCAUGGUGGCCGGCCCGUCAAUGAAGCGGACCUCCCGACCGAGGCGCAUGUUUCGAUCCCGUCCUCGGCCGGCGUUUCAGUCGCCGUCUCGGGUCUUUAUGUGAACAUCAGUGCCAUUCCCGGGCAGUGUGUCGGUCUGUUCGGCGAGUUCUACGUGACCCCGGAGCGGCUGUGGCCUUUCAUGCUGUUCACAACUCAACUUGCAAUCUUGCGUCAAUGCCUCAUGCCGCAAUGGCACAUCACCUUCGCCUGCACGUAUGGCACCGACCGCUUCAUUGACGGGCCGGCCACCAUGAAGGGCGGUCUCGUGCUAGCUGUCACACUGCAGCACGCACCGGUACGGUAUUACUGGUACAUGUUCACCGCCUUCGUGUACUCGCAGCCCCAGUAUGCUGACGGCUUCGCCUUGGCUUAUGCCGAGGAAAGGAGCAUGAUCGACGUGUACGACCCAGCCAAUGCCCGGCACGAGUAUGCCAUGUGGAACUUCUGCAACAACCACGACAACUGGCGCCUGCAGAGUAUGACCAGCACCCGGCACCUCCAUGUCUGUUUGGUGGUGAUCACUUUCUGGCCGGGUAUUCCGCUACACUAUGCAGGGGACGAACAGAACUUCGACUCACCGGGCAGCGCGCUCGACGGCUGGGCCCGGGAGGAGCUUGGAGCUUCCCUUGCCUGGCAGGCGGUGCCCACCCACCAAUCAGGAAAUGUGGCCAGCCGGGACAACUUUGACAUGACUUCUGGCAACUAUCUGUUCAUUGCCCGACUCAACGCGCUGCGUCGUGCGCACUUCGGGUCCUUUGGCAGUGAGGAGUGCGACAAGUUGAUGACCCCGAACCCACCGAUCCAAGAUGUCCUGGCCUUCAUCCGUGGUUGCUCUGAGGAACAGCGUGUGGCGGUGCUGGCCAACUUCCACAGCACGGAGACCCGCGAAGCGCUGUUGUGGUCGCCUUGGCAGGAACACACCGAGCUGCAGGACAUCAUUGCGACAUCCGGGCAGCUGCGCAUCGUGGUGGGAGCCGGGGGCCGGUUGCAGACCUCCCUGCCGCCCUUGGCGGCCGUGGCUUUGGUUCCCAGCCCUGGGAGGUCGAUUCCUCCCAGUGUGGUGGCCGUGUCGCCCUCCCACGCUGCAGUGCUCUCCGGCCCCGCAGGAACGGUGCAGAUCGUACUCUCCUUUGACCAGCCGAUGCACAGCUCAGCUGCGGACGGCGUCUCCCUAGACGGCUUCGCAGGCAUGUUCUCCUGCAUGACGGCCAACUGUACGAAGGUGGCGGCCACCAUGCUCUUCGAGACCUUCUGCGAUGGCGUGCACGUCGUAGAAGCAUUGGAAGGCCUUCAAAGCUUCCUCGGCCUCGGAACUUUCUCCAGCUUUCGCUCGACGUUUACUGUCGACCGUCACAGGGGCAUCAUCGCCCGACCGCACAUGCACGAGUGGCCAGGGCUUAUCUGCAAUCGUGGCAGGGCAUUGUGCCACAAUGCAGCAGGGGCAGAGUGGCUGCGCAUCAAGAAUGUCGGGGGGAAUUGGACCGCGUGGCGGCCCUAUGAAGCGCAGAGCGAAUGGCAGAGCUUUGGAGGAGUGGGGGUCCUGGUCCAGUACCACGCAGAGGCGAGCUCCAGCUAUAUAGCAGGUGACUGCCUCGUUCGCGGGCUCCUCCGGUGUUAUAGCACCUGGCACAAGCAAAUGCAUCUGCGCGGUGAGUUCAACGACUGGGGGCAGGACUCCGACUUGGACAUGGUCCCGGUGGAUCACUUCACCUGGGCAGCCAACCUGAGCGUGGACCGCUUCUUGCGAGCCAAGUUCGCUCCGGGCCGUGGCUGGGAGAAGUCCUAUGGAAUCCAUCCCACACGGAAGCUCCUUUACGGACUCCCGCUCUUCGACCCCCGGAGCAAAGAUUUCGAGGUUGAGCCGUACAUGUCUGGUGCCGCCGCCAGCCGCAGGUGGAUGGUGAAGCGCGGCCGCUGGAGUGCGCACGAGAGCAUCACCACAAGUGCAGACUUCGCAGCAGAUAUCUGGAUCAGCCACCGCUGCACCCCGGAGCCACCACCCUGUGAGCCUCCGGAAGCCUCCGAGGUGGGUUGGAAGUGCCACAGCUACAGAUCUGGCGAAGAUUUUGCCUGGUGCGCUUCCGCUGGGACGCAGGGCUGCGUGAUGUUUGCUCCGCGGAAUGCCUCAGAGGACAUGGCUUCAUGCGGCACCUGUGACUGCUGCCGGAAGCAGGUUGCCGUCCUUCCACAAGGAGACCGACGACAGUGCUGCAUACUCUUCAACGACCUGCUUCUGAAUUAUACGAUCACUGAUGAUCUCAGCCGCUGUGUCGCCCGCGGCGCGUCUCCGGCGCCCUCAUGGACGCUUUCCUCCGAGACCAGCUUUCAGGAUGCGCGUGGCAGCCGCUGCAGCGACGCAGGCGGAAGCCGGGAAGUCGAGAAAGCCGCUUCGCAGACGAUCCUACCAACGGAAGCAAGUGAGCGCGGCGAUGAGCUCCUCGCUGCCUGGGUGCCUUCGCAGUGGAAGACUGCCUUGGGACUGAGUGUCUUCAUCCUCAUGCUCAUCGGCCUCCCCUUCUGCCACGCCCCGGCGAGGCUGUAUCUCAGCAUUGUCCGGCAGUCCCAGGCCACGCUGGAAUCCCCUCGUCCACCCGUGGCUGACAAGGCUACGGAGGGCUCCAAGCGCAGCAAGCGCCACGUGGUCUUCGCCUCCCUGGAGCACAACGUUCCGGAGCUCAACAUCCGAGGCUUCACAGGUGAUGCUGGCAUCUUCUUGGAGGAUCUGGCGAAGGAGCAUCCUCGUGGUACCAUUAGUUUCAUCCAUCCAAUGCUCGGUGGCUGCGACUACGGCGAGCUGGAGUGGUUUACGGACUUGUCGAUGCUCGUCGAUGGGAAGAGCUAUGUCGCCAAAGUGCUUCGCUGGGAGUCCCCCAAGAAGGAGAAAGGCGUCAAGAAGGUCUGGUAUUUCGUCCAGCACGAGCUCUUCUUGGAGAGAAUGCAGGAGAGCAUUUAUCCCGGCCCCAUGUCUAAGCUCCGAGUGCUGCGAUUCUUCUCGCUUUGGAACCAGGCAGUGGCUCUACUCUUGGAUGCGCUGAGGCCUGACGUGUUCCACUGCCUCGACUGCCACCAGGCCAUGGCUCCACUCUACCUCAGCGAGCUGAAUAUCCCUAUGGUUCUGAUGCUCCGGAAGCCUUUGGAGAUGGGCUCCGUGGACUCCGAACUCAUUUGCGACCGCUGCUGGAAGACCACCAUUGCGCUUCGCCGCCUCUCUGUCGUUUUCAAUCUCAAGCUGCCCACUCUCCGGAAUUUCUGCACCUUUGAAGGGCGCUUCAACAUGAUGUGGGCGGCCGUACAACGAAUCAAGGACUGCCAGUCCGGACGUGGCCUUUGCGUGCUCUCGGCCGCCACAGCGGCAUCGCUGCGACGGGAGCACAGCCUCUUCCAGGCCCUCCAGCGCAAGCCGAGAGCCUUGGGCCAUCCUUCGCGACUGGUAAGCCUCGAUGUCGACAGCAGCGUGGAGGAUCUCAAGAAACAGAGGGCCGCUGCGAAAGCGGCGCUGCAGCGCUGCGCCCACCUCAAGGAGGACCCAAAGGCCACGAUCCUCCUGUUUGCUGGGCCGUGGGCACAGCACACAGGUGCUGCGCAGGUCGCCGAGGUGUUGCCACUGAUCCUCGUGCGCCACAGCUCAGUGCAGGUUGCCCUCUUCGGUACCUGCAGCGAUUUGCAUGGCGUGCUUGCGCAGGAUGGGUUGGCACAGGUGGUCAGCUCUUUUCCUGGCCGUGUGGCCGUGCUCGACCGCCUGGACUUUCGAAGAGGCGUGGACUUUCUCCUGGCGCCCUUCAAUGCAGAGCCCGUGGGGCAGCAGGAUAUGGAGCUCGGGCUGGUCGGAGUGCCGACGUGCGGCUGCGCAGUUGGUGCUCUGGGUCGAGUCCCGGGCGUCUACUUCCGGCCGCAGAACUCCUCUUCGACCCUUUCGCUCGCCAGCGCCUUGUUCUGUGCGCUCGAGUAUUGCCUGACCAUGGACGAAGAUGAGUACUGGCAGCUUGCGAAAGCUGCGACGCGCACAGCCCAGGAAGGCUUUGGUGAGUCCUUCCACCACAACCUCUCCGAGGUCUACAGGGAAGUGGAGACAGGCUUUCAAAAGCCGUCGAAGAACUGGGGCGGCGCUGGGGCCCUCCUUUGGGAGACGGACGCCUCGCAGGAGGAGCUGCAUCGCGCAGUGCGGGCAAGGAGGAGUACACCCCUUCGCCGUGUGUCCGCCACCGCAGAUAUGGCCAACGAAAUGGAGGUCAUCGACAUCUUUGAUGAUCGAGAGUUCCUGACGCAACCCGUGAGUGAGACGAAGGCUCACGAUAUCAUGAAGGCCGUUGCAGAAGAGGUGCUUGUGUCGUCGGCGCCCACAGAGAGUGCGGUCGCCCUUCAACGUGACAUCUCCCAGGCACGGCAACUGCGAGAGGAGCGCGAUGUGGUGGAGAGAUGUCUCAUGAAGCCCUGUGCUUGGAAUCUAUGUCUCAGGAUCCAUCUUGUGAUGGCGUUGUGCUACACUACGACUGCAUGUGGUGAGCUCCUGCUUCAGUCGCUGGAGGUUGAAGGAGUCGCCGGACGUCUGGUUCCUUCUGCGCAGCUCUGGAGUGCAUACCACGCGGGCGAGGCUCUAGGAGCCGUACUUUGGCUUACCUUGUCCUAUGGCCUCCCGCCGAAUCUCUUGAUGGCAACCUCGCAGGCCCUCGGUAUGGCUUCCUUUCUGCUUCUGCCUCUGCUUCCGGAGCACCUUCUCGAAGCGAAGUGGUCAAUCCUCUCUUUCGCCGCUGUCUCGGGUGUCCAGGGAUCCUCUCGAUUGCUGUUCCUGAUCUGGAAUUUCAACGAGGAGUUGCAGCACGGCUUUCAGGUGGCCAUUUGGCGCUUAGGCCUCUUAGAAGGACUGCGAAGGUCUGUCGCUUGGCUGGCGCUGAUGACGAGCUACGCCGACAGCUUGUGGAUCUACAAGCAGGUGCUGUUCGUGGUCUAUUUCACGGCUUUGGUUUUGCUUUUCAAGGCGCCCUAUUGCUAUGCCUCCUACGUCCUGCCCAUCACCAGCGUGCGCGCCUGGCUGAAGAAGCGCUCCUUUCUGCUCCUCCUCGCCUCAGAGGUGUUCAUCUCCUUGGGCAGCUACACAGCGCAGGACAUAACACACUGGUGGGAGCUGAACGGGCGGGCGCCAGAAGAGAUCCAGAUGUUUGCCUUUGCAAUGGUGGUUGGACUCCCGCUGCUUCUGACAAUCCUCUUCUCAGCGCUUCGGCGCCUGAACGUCUGGGGCCCCUGGGCUUUGCGAGACUUUGCUUGCCUCCUCCCGCCCGGCCUGCUUCUUAGAGUCCUCGCAGUGUAUGACGUACGAGGCCACGAUCGGUCAGAGCUCUUCGUGGCGGCCCUGCUGGCCGCUGCGGCAGUGGAUGCUGCAAGAUAUACCGCCGUCCUCUGCGCGAUGAUGACGGUCUUGGGCAACAAGUGGUAUGCCAUGAAGGGCUGCUUCCUGGCUGCUCUGCUCGCCUCCAUCAGCCGCGCGGCGGCUCCCCGCUUUCAAUGGUGGGUCGCUUCCAUGGCUGGCAGUGAGCCGAAGCCCUUUGCAGGGCUGCCUGAUCUUUCCGAACUUGGAGAGAUGACCUUAUGGGCGGUUCUCCCGCCGGCCUUUGCUGGCUAUGUGUGUCAGGUUUUAGCUGUUCUCUUUUUCAACGAGGACGUGUUGACGUUCAAGGGCCACGGGUGUUACCUGGCCGAUGGAUCUGAAGGAGAUCUGUGCACGAGCAUGCGCAAGUUUUGGGUGGCGAAGGUGAGACAUCGCAUGGCACGGGCAAGCUCGGCCUUGAGCCGCCAAAAGGACGCGCUCAAGGAAAUCCCCAACCAGGACGAGGCUGCUGGGGCCAGCGUUUUGCCGAGCCUGCUGUUGUCUCCCCGCCACGGAGCAGGAGGAUCAAAGCAUCUCUGCUUAUCUCCGAAGAGCGACGAGGAAUACUCCCACCAGGUCCAUCCUUCAUGCGGCGACGACGAGGAUUAUGACGUGCCGAAUGAGCGCGAAGGCAUAUCCGAGCUGAAAUCUCCGCGAGCCGAAGCAGAGGACGCGUGGAAGGUGGGAAUGCCUGAGAAGGACACGGCCACCACGAAGAGUGCCGUUUCCUUCGACGUACAGACGGACUUCGUCACGCCAAGUAACAAGGACAGCCAAGGAGAAGAAGACAAGGAUGGCGCGACCACAGUGAGCUUCGCCCUGGGGACAAGCUUCGGCCAGGAUGAGGGGACAGAUGCGGCAUCCGAGAAGGCGAAUCUGGCUGAAGAUGUGGACGUUUUGCAGCCCGUUCAAGAGGAGCUCGAAUUUGCCUGCGAUCAGGGCACACCGAAGAAGGACCCGGCUACCACGAAGAGUGCCGUGUCCUUCGAUGUUACGCCAAGAAGUAUUGAUGAGGAUAGCCAAGAAGCGGAAAAGGAUAUGGCUCACACUGCGAAUCUGCCGUCCCAGAACCACUCGGGGGACGAAGAGAACUUUGACGACGAGGAGCACAGGCACAGCCUCGAUGCGUGCAGCGAUGGCGACGGAGACAGUGAACAAGUCUCCCUAUAG